CGGCGAUACAAAGCACGCACCACGCCACCUCCUCCUCCCUCGGUCAUACCCAGCACUGCCAAGACCAUUUAACGACCACAACCCUCGCUCGCUUUGGCCAUGGAGAACGGCAGUGGAGUAGCUGCCCCAACCCCGCAACGCCCCCACGUCGUGCUGCUGCCCACUCCGGGCAUGGGCCACCUCAUCCCCCUGGUUGAGCUCGCCAAGCUCCUCGUCGCCCACCACGGAUUCUCUGUCACCAUCGUCACCCUCGACGCCAGCUCCGCCUCCAAGGCCCAGGACGCCCUCUUCUCCUCCCUCUCCGACUCCAUCUCCUCCCUCGCCCUCCCCUCCGUCCCUCUCGACGACCUCCCUUCCGACGCGCACAUCGAGACCAUCAUCUCCGUCGCCGCCUCCCGCUCCCUUGCGCACCUCCGCGACGCCCUCUCCGGCCUCAAGUCGUCCGCCAACCUCGUGGCUCUCGUCGUCGACCUCUUCGGCACCGACUACUUCACCGUGGCGCGAGAGCUCUGCCUCCCGAGAUACUUGUUUUUUCCCUCCAACCUUCUCACUCUUUCCCUCUUUUUUCACCUCCCCGAGCUCGACGCCACCACCACCUGCGAGUACCGCGACCUUCCCGAACCGCUCCGCCUCCCGGGCUGCGUCCCCAUCCCGGGUCGAGACCUCCUGCACCCCAUUCAGGACCGGUCCAAUGACGCCUACAGGUGGGUGGUCCACCACGCGCGUCGCUACCGGGAGGCAGAGGGCAUCCUCGUUAACUCCUUCGACGCUAUCGAGCCGGAGGCCGCCAAAGUUCUCCGGGAGCUCGAGCCGGGCCGACCCCCAGUUUACCUGGUCGGACCUCUCACGCAGUGCUGGAAUCCCAAAGCCACCGACGAGAGGGCCGAGUGCUUGCGGUGGUUGGACCAGCAGCCACCCGGGUCGGUGCUGUUCGUCUCCUUCGGCAGCGGCGGGACCCUGACGACGGCGCAGACGGCGGAGCUGGCUCUUGGGUUGGAGUUAAGUGGGCAAAGGUUCCUGUGGGUCGUCAGAAGUCCGAGCGACGGAGAGAACGCCAGCGAGGCCUACUUUUCCGUCCGGAGCAAGAAUGACCCCUUCGGGUUCCUGCCGGCGGGGUUCGUGCAGCGGACGCGGGAGGUGGGCCUACUUGUACCGUCGUGGGCGCCGCAAGUGGCGGUGCUGAAGCACGCGGCCACCGGCGGCUUCCUGAGCCACUGCGGAUGGAACUCGACUCUGGAGAGCGUUGUGGCCGGGGUGGCGAUGGUGGCGUGGCCGCUCUUCGCCGAGCAACGGCAGAACGCGGUGAUGCUCGCCGAGGGCGCGAGGAUCGCGUUGCGGCCGCAAGGCGCGGCGGAGGGAGGGCUCGUACCGCGGGAGGAGGUGGCGCGAGCGGUGAGGGAGCUGAUGGAGGGGGAGGAGGGGAAGGCAGCGCGGCAGCGGGUGGCGGAGCUUAGGAAGGCGGCAACCAGCGGCCUGGAGGAGGGCGGCGCCGCUUACAAGGCCCUGGCCGAGGUAGCCAGCAAGUGGAAGACCACGAAUUGAUCUCUACUCACCACCACCUACUGUUGUAAUUCGUCGUUGUAGAAGACAGACCAUCAACCUUUGUUUCGUUGCUUGCUUUAAUUUUAUUAUCCCUUUAGAUCA